UCUCCAUACCUUGAUGCGUCCGUUCUUGCUAAUCUUCAUAUGGAUCAGGUGAUUGGUCUGGUGACUGUAGUAGAAAAUGGAGUAGAUGUAAGACGACAACCAUUGUUCCAUAAUCAGAAAGAGUAUUCAGUUGGAGGAUGUAAUGAUUGUUAUAUAAAGAUAGAACAUGCUGUUCAGAAUGAAUUGGCCAGAAUAUGCGUAGACGAAAAAGAUCAUAUUUCUAUCAUUCCAUUGUCACCUUCCCAUCAACUGGCAGUGAAUUUUGAGGCUGUUGGUGGUCUUGUUACUUUAAACGACAAUGAUAUCUUUACUGUUGCUGGUGGAAUCUUCAGAUUGAACACUAAAGCUGGAAUGGCCAGUGGAAAUCCAUCUGAGGAAGCAUACAUUUCACUGAAAAAUGUUAUUAAAAACAUAUUCAUUAAAAAGUAUAAGUUGAAGGAUGCACUGGUUUGUUUUAAAGGAUGGUUCCAAAAAUGUCAGGAUGACCACAGAGAUAAACUGAUGAAAUUAACAUUUGAAGAAAACUCCUUACUGACCUUGGCAUGUACAGAAGGUGACCUUGAACUUGUUACAUAUCUUAUAGAUGAUUGUAACUGGGAUGUUAAUUAUUGUGAAGGUAUCAAGCAUCCAUCUUUACACUCAGCCAUUUUAAAUGGACAUGUGGAUAUUAUUCCAUAUUUACUUGCAUUUGGUGCAGAUUCUAAUCUAAUCGAUUCCAUGGGUUACAAACCACUGAAUUAUGCCUACAGAUGUUUAGAAGCUAGAGCAUUUGAAGUAACAAAAAUGUUAGUGUUAGAUGGUGCAGACAUAAAUUGUACCACUGUUGCUGGUAAAGGUCAAAAACUUGAAUGGGGACCAUUCAGUGAUAAUAGAAAGAUUAAAUUCAAAGAUGAAGAAGUUAUUGAGAUAGUUGGGGAUCCGUCCAACAUAUACAUUGGACAAGAUGAACAUCCAUUGAUCUUCUGUGCAUUGUUUGAUCAGUUUGAUAUAUUCAGUUAUUUUAUUGAACGGUCUGGAAUUCCCAACAACAUCUUAUGUAAUGCACUUGAUGUAUAUGGUGCAACAUGUGCAUUGGAGUUUAAGUUUGAAGAAUCAUUAAGUUUCUUGAAAGCAGCCAUGGAGCUGAGAUAUGGAGAUCCUGCUCACAAAGUGCCAAAAGAAAAUGUUAAGAAUCCAAGACCAGUCUAUAAUAAUAGGAAUGAGAUGACCUGCCUUGAUGAUUUCAACAAUUUAGCUAAUAAUCCAAGCUCCAUUCCAAUGAUGACACAAGCUGUUUUGAUAUAUGAAAGGAUUCUACCUUUAUAUACAGAACAAUAUUUUGAUGGAUUAUUAAAUCUUACAAACCAAUGUGUUUCAGAGGGCCAUUAUAAAAUGGCAAUGGGUCUCCAUAUUGAAUUACAGAAAGCAUACUGUAAUGCAGCUAAGGAAAGGAUAUGUGUUGAUAAAUAUGACAACUGUGGAACUAGUAUUGCAAACAUGCUGACACUACUAAAAAAUUCCCAGUGGAUACCAUCAUUUGAAGAUAAAAUGUUGGUUUGUGAGCAGUCAUACCAAACCCUCUUGUCAAACACCCAAUUUAAUGAUUUGUACUAUCCUUUCACAGAUAAUAUUAUCUUUGCAUGUUGCUUUGCAUCUAUGCAUUAUAUAAUGAGUUGUCUACAUGAUCAAAACAUUGAACACAAAAUAGUUUUUUACCAGUUCAUGAAGAAGUUAGUCAACUGUAAUUUUAGAGAUGAAAAUGGUAAUUCUAUGAUCCAUAAAGCCUUGGAGCUUCAAGAGUAUGGUUUCAGUGAUGAAUGUAGCGUGUUGAACAGUUCAGAUAAUACUGACAUCAUACAAUUGUUGUUUCAGUAUAAUAUAGAUAUAAAUAGCACUUCUAAUGAAGGGAAUACAGCUCUUCAUUCGUUUAUGCAUUUUAUUAAUAGAUCAGAAAUGAAUAAUGAAGAUAGAGAUAUGAUUAGACUGUUGGUGAAGCAUGGCAGCCAUCUUGAUUCACAAAACAAGAGAGGAGAAACAGUUUUGGAUUUGCUUCGAGUGGGAAAGCAUGACUUGUAUGAUUUGAAUUUAUUACCCUUGCAGUGUAAGGCAGCUUCAGUGGUAGCAAAAUAUGGACUGUUGGUUGGGAAUGAAUACCCUGAGGCAAUUGUUUCAAUUGUCAAACAACAUGAGACGCCAUCUUAGUUGAUUUAGUAGUGAAACAAAUAUGAACUGUUAUAUGGAAGAAAAACCCCAAUUGUCAAACAAAAUUAAACACCAUCUUAUUGGACAUAGUAAUGAAACAUAAAUGAACUGUUAGAAAUGCUGCAAAACAAUUGCUUCAAUCGUUCAACAAAAUGAGACACCACCUUAGUUUAUGAUACAAUAAUGGAGGACCAAGUGGAAAUUCUUUUAGUUUUUGUUUUAUUUUAUAUUAAUAUUUCACAAAUGAUUGUGGCAGUUAGCAGUGUAAAGUAAGAAUAAAAAAAAAACAGUUUAUAUAGGGAUUUUGAACUUUUAAAAUAUCAAUAUAAUACUUAAAAACACUAAAAUUACUUUAUACAAUUGAUAAUUCUAAAUCACUUAAAAUUUACUGGCCGAUUAAAAGCUGUGAUUGCAGAACAAAUUUUAAUGUAACAUUAUAACAUAAUUAUAAAAUCUGAGCUGAUCUGAA